AUGACAAGCCUCAUGACCUCGUGGCACGACCUCGUGGGUCCUCGUUUGCGCUUGAGUGGCGGCAAGGAGGUUGCGACGGCAGACCAUCUCGCAUCCACGUCGGUCGUCGGCCUCUACUUUAGCGCCCACUGGUGCGGUCCGUGCCGCGAGUUUACGCCUACGCUCUCGACGCUGUACGACGACAUUCUGGACGCGCACCCGGACUUUGACGUGGUCUUUGUCUCGAGCGACAAAUCCGAGGACGACUUUUGCCUCUACCACGACGAGAUGCCGUUUCCUGCCUUGCCGUGGGCCGACCGCACGCGCCAAGCGGCAUUGCGCGAGCACUUUCACAUCCGGUUCUUACCCGCGCUCGUCAUUUUGAAUACCGUUGACGGCAGCCACGCGGUUGUGCGCAACGCGUGCGAUGGCCGGCGACUCUUUGUGUCGGCCAACGGCAAUGUCGACAAGAUCUGGGACACGGUGCGCUACGGCCCGCCGUCGCUCGCUGCUUAG